GGCCGCCUAUCAGCAUUAAGUGGGCGUAUCACAUUAGCAGCAGAGCAGGAACCGGCCGGGUGCAGCUUUCGGUUUUCAAUAGCGAGAAGAAAACGUCCCGGAGUCAGGAUGUCUAUUAUGUCGUAUAACGGUGGGGCCGUCAUGGCCAUGAGAGGGAAGAACUGUGUGGCCAUUGCUGCGGACAGACGCUUUGGAGUCCAAGCCCAGAUGGUGACAACUGACUUCCAGAAAAUCUUUCCCAUGGGUGAUCGCUUAUACAUCGGAUUGGCGGGACUAGCAACUGAUGUGCAGACAGUGUCCCAACGUCUGAAGUUCAGGCUGAAUCUGUAUGAGCUAAAGGAAGGACGUCAGAUCAAACCGAAGACGUUUAUGAGCAUGGUGUCUAAUUUGUUGUAUGAGAGAAGGUUUGGCCCUUACUAUGUGGAGCCAGUUAUUGCUGGGCUGGACCCCAAGACCUUUGAGCCAUUUAUCUGCUCCCUGGACCUCAUUGGAUGUCCCAUGGUGACUGAAGACUUUGUUGUGAGCGGUACAUGUUCAGAGCAGAUGUAUGGCAUGUGCGAGUCUCUCUGGGAGCCUGACCUGGAGCCAGAAGACUUGUUUGAAACCAUUUCCCAGGCCAUGCUUAAUGCUGUGGACAGAGAUGCGAUUUCAGGAAUGGGUGUAGUUGUACACAUUAUAGAAAAAGAUAAAAUGACCACCCGGACCCUGAAGGCACGUAUGGAUUAACUUUUGCUGAUGAGACUCCUGAAAUGAUCGUUACUUUUUUAAAUUAAAAAAAUGAAGGAAAAAAAAAAUGAAAAAUAUGUA